UUGCUGCUCGGGGUUUAAUUUCUGAGUUUUUUAAUUUUGUUUAUUUCUGUAGGUUUUUUAUAUCAUUUUGAUCUAAAAUUGAAGGCACAACACUGUAGAUUUUCAUUAUGAAGCAGAAUUUGUUGCUUCCGUGUUGUUGCAAUAGAAAUAUUAGGCAGUAAAAUGAGGGUCAAUGUUGUUGAAUAGUGAGAGAUGCAAGCCUCUGUCUGAAAUUGAUCUGGGUUUGCAUUUUACAAGAUAUGUGCUACCCCUGAGAGGAACUAGGAUGGAAUUUCUGCUUACCCUUUUGAUUUUAUGUUUUGGCUUUUGUUUAUUUUAUUGUUACUCCUCAAACUGAAGCACUUUGCAACUUUCAAUAUCAAUUUACCAAUUUCACAAUAGUAUAACUGUUGGAUUGGAAUCACAUAUUGUAGGGUAACCAGUAAAUGUUCUACUUGUUAUCUGAGACAUAUUGUGUCUAGUAAGGCUUAACAAUUGGAAUUCGGUUUUAAUUUUCACAACAUACAAAAAGUGUUAAAUUUUAUCCAUCUCAGUGUUGUUUUGAGUUUGAGAGGUUCUGUUUACAGAUUUCACUUUUAUGUAAUUAUGUUGCUUGAUGUUAUUAUCAAUUUAUCAUGUUUCAGGCAUGUUUCUGUUCUUGACUACUUGAAUCUUGGCUAGCACCGCCAAAAGUAAUUAUCAUUUACAUGAUCAGUGUUGGCCAGAGAAUGUUGCUCGUGAAUGUAGCUUACUCGUGUUAAAUAAUCCUCGGGAAACUCUAUCGAGGUUUAAUUCUGUCUGAAAAAGUACAUCAUAAUUGUUCAAGUGUUUAUGUUCGAAUUUCAUACUUUGAACUAAAGAAUAUCAUAAGUUCUUAUGCACCGACCAAUUUACUAUUUAACAGUUGUAGCAUGCCACUAAAAUAAAUUCAAAGCUGAAGAAAUUGGAAUCAAGUUGAGCUCUGGUUCCUAGUCAUUUUGAAAGAAACCCUUUAGAUCGGGUCAGAAAUGGCUCCUGGAGGCAGUAUUUUCAAAGAAGUUCUUGAAUCUCAUCUCUUGUCUUCAGAUUAUGAAACAGGCAAGGCUAAAUCCGAGGCCAAGAGUAACAGUACACUUACAAAAUCUACUAGUGUUGGGUUGAAUGGAAAGAAUGGAACUAGUUCGAAGAACGGCGUGCAUGACUUACUCGGGUGCCCUGUCUGCAAGAAUUUGAUGUAUCCCCCAAUUCACCAGUGCCCCAAUGGCCAUACAUUAUGUUCAAAUUGUAAGAUUGAAGUCCACAAUCUGUGCCCAACUUGUCACCAUGAUCUUGGGAAUAUAAGGUGCUUGGCUCUGGAGAAAGUGGCAGAAUCUUUGGAGCUUCCUUGCAGAUAUCAGAGUCUAGGUUGUAAUGAUAUUUUCCCUUAUUAUGCUAAACUUAAGCACGAGCAAAAUUGCGGAUUUCGUCCAUACAAUUGCCCCUAUGCUGGAUCUGAGUGCUCUGUGAUGGGUGACAUUCCAACUCUUGUUGCUCAUCUCAAGGAUGAACACAAGGUUGACAUGCAUGAUGGAUUCACCUUCAAUCAUCGAUAUGUCAAAACAAAUCCACAUGAAGUUGAAAAUGCCACAUGGAUGCUAACCGUUUUCAAUUGUUAUGGAAGGUAUUUCUGCUUGCACUUUGAGGCUUUCCAGCUAGGUACAGCUCCAGUUUUUAUGGCUUUCUUACGGUUUAUGGGCGAUGACAACGAAGCAAAAAAAUUCAGCUACAGCUUGGAAGUUGGCGCAAACGGGCGCAAACUUAUAUGGCAAGGAAUUCCGAGGACCAUUCGGGACAGUCAUAGUAAAGUUAGAGAUAGUCAAGAUGGACUUAUAAUUCAGAGGAAUCAAGCUCUUUAUUUUUCUGGUGGGGAUAAACAAGAGUUGAAGUUGAGAAUCACCGGUCGUAUAUGGAAAGAAGAUUGAGAGAUGUAAAUUAAUAUAAGGUAUUAAGCAUUAAGGAUGUUCAAGUGAUCAUUGUAUAGAGCCUAUUUGUGUUUGUUUUAAGAUUUUGCUCUCUUGCAAAGUGUAUCACUAGUGCUAUAUUAAUCUCUCCAUAUACAGAUUCUCUUUCAAUUCCACAUAUCGUAGAUUUGAGGGUUACUUGUUAUUUAUCCUUUA